CCCAAUAUGAGCUCCACUACAAACUGAGUAAUUCCUGCUAGAAAUAUAUCUUGCUUGCGAGAAAUUUAUGUAUUUUCUAAGAUUUCCCGGCACGAGCCAAUGUAAUGCUGUCAAUUUGCUGUCAAUCGCAAUGGUCUGUGUUGGAGAAUACUAAACUUCGGCCCAACUUCACUGCUGCUCGGUACUUAUACAGAUUAUCUCAUCAAUUUCUUGUUCUGCAUCAUGGCUGCCCACGAUGCAUUCUACACACUUCCUGAUUCUCUUCUUUCUUUCAUACUUUCAAAAAUCCCAAUAAAAGAUGCCGUCAAAUCUUCCAUUCUUUCCAAGAGAUGGAGAUUUCUCUAUACUCAGAUGCCUGAACUCACUUUCUCUCCGCAUCUUGUUCUGGGGCCGGAUUGCCCUUCUCUCAAUCCUCUCCUCGUGUCAAGCGCUGAGCAUAUAAUUUCCAACAUCUUGCUUCUGCAUUCACAUAAUCUGGAGGCCUUUCACCUCCGCAACAACGGGUUCGAUCAUAACCAUCGGCGCUUCUCUCGUGAAAAUGUGUGCAAAUGGGUAGAAUAUGCAUCUUUGUGUAAUGUUCAACACCUCACUCUGUUUGACCACUAUGUGCCGGCUCUUUUCGACGAGCGUGUCGAUGAGCGCCACUGUGCUUUAAAAGAAACCCCACCCCCUGCUUUCUUUUCAUGUUCGCGUCUCAUAACACUAUAUCUGUGCGACUACGUUCUCACUAGCAUCCCAAUUGAUUUCGUUGGAUUUCCCCACCUGAUUAGUUGUCGCCUCGAGGAUGUUCAAUUGACAGAUGAGUCUUUAAUCUCCUUCAUUUCGCUCUGUCCUCUUCUUCAAAAACUUGAAAUAAUACGAGAUGAUUGGCUAGGUAAUGUAAUUAUCUUUUCACCCACCAUUGAACAUUUGUAUGUGCAACGCGUAAAAUCUCUCUCUGUUAACUGCCCCAAACUUAAAAUUAUGUCGGGGAUGAUGCUUGAGGAUUUGAGUGUAAACGGUGUAAGGUUCUAUGAGCUUUCCUCUGCCAUCUGGCAUCUUGAAAUGGACGGUGGAAGUACUCUGAGCGAAUUGUCGAUGGAAUUUUGUCUAGGAGAUGUUUCAACAAGUAGAUUUCUUCAAAUAGUAGGCAAUUGCCAGUCCUUGAAAGAACUUGCUAUACACCUGGGUCAUUCCAUUGAAAGGGAAGCAGCGAAGGAUACUCCUCUGCUGAACCUGUUUCACAGGCUUCCAAAUCUUCAGCGGCUGCAUAUAGUGGGCUCCUUUGUACAGGAGUUGGCAAGAGAUCCUAUACCUGAUUGCCUCGCCUCUCCACAUGUUAACCUUAAGAAAAUACGCGUAGAAGUGCUUGAGUUAGACUACAAAGAGAUUGCAGUAAUCAGUUGUUUGCUCCAGAGUAUGCCCUCUCUUGAAACAAUGGAAAUUCGGCUACCUGACGAAUAUUAUGAAGGCCGAUGUAUGAAAUUCCUUAAAGAUAUUUUGUACUUGAGGAGAGCAUCGUUGCUGGCAAGGAUUAUUGUACUAGAAUGGUGAUUUUGAUUCCAUGCUCUUUUUUUCUUUUAUUCCAAAAGUUGUUUAUUUUCUCGAAUUUUCUUUUUCUUUUACUGGCAAUAUAGUCUGGUGAUUUCGUUUUAAGCAUACUGAACGAUUACGGAGAUAUUCAAUGUGUGGAAGAACUGAGCCUUUCUUGGAAUGAAGAAGAAUGAAGAUGCUAAUAUCUCAUGAUUUUA